GCCGGGGCCGGGGCCGGGGGAGGACGACGCCAUGGACGCCUUCCUGGACAAGUUCCGCAGCCAGCAGUACCGGGGCCGCCUGCACGAGGACACGUGGGAGCAGGAGUUGGAUAAGAUCCCGAUGUUCAUGAAGGAAGCCCCGUCGGAAAUCAAUCCCCAAGAAAAUCCCGAUUUGGCUUGUCUGCAGUCCCUCAUUUUUGAUGACGAGAGACCCCCGGAAGAGCAGGCCAAGACCUACAAGGAUGAAGGCAACGAUUACUUCAAGGAUAGAGACUACAAGAAAGCGGUGGCUGCGUACACAGAAGGGCUCAGUAAGAAGUGCUCGGACCCCACUCUCAGUGCCGUGCUUCUGACCAACCGUGCAGCAGCGCAGUAUCACCUGGGUAACCUGCGCUCUGCUCUGAAUGACGCCACGGCGGCCAGGAAGCUCAGGCCGAGCCACCUCAAAGCCAUCGUCAGAGGUGCGAUCUGUCAUCUAGAACUGAGAAACUUCUCGGAGGCGGUGAGCUGGUGUGACGAGGGCCUGAGGCUGGACUCCAAGGAGAGGAAGCUUCUGGAAAUAAGGGCCAAGGCGGACAAGCUGAAGCGAGCCACGGAGCGGGAUGUCAGGAAGGCAAAGAUGAAGGAGAGGAAGGACGAGGCCCAGAAGGGGGCGCUGCUUCACGCUGUCCAGGCAAGAAACAUCCAGUUGGUGUCCCCAGCGGCCGAGGAGGAUGAGGAGGAGGAGCCAAUGUCCCCCCGCGGGGGCCUGGGCUCCGAGAAUGCCAUUGGCGCCAGGGUGUCCCUGGAUGACCACGGCCGGCUGAGCUGGCCCACACUGUUCCUCUACCCCGAGUAUGGCCAGACAGACUUUAUCUCAGCUUUUCACGAGGACUCCAGAUUCAUCGACCACUUAAUGGUUAUGUUUGAGGAGCUGCCUCCCUGGGACCUAGAACGGAAAUAUCACCCGCAUCAUCUGGAGCUCUACUUUGAAGAUGAAGACCGGGAGGAGGUGUACCAGGUGAGCCAGGAGAGCACCUUGCUGGAGGCGCUGCAGCAUGCCAGGUACUUUGUCAAAGCUUGGAUGCCGGCUUUUCUGAUCUUAGUAAAACAGUCUCCUUUUUGCAAGAAUUUCCUCCGGGGCAGAAAAGUACAUCGGCUGAAGUGAUGGCAGCCCCCCACGAUCAAGCCUUGCCCAGCAUCGCGCUCAGAGCCCCGGCUCCCAGAGGGCCCGCACACCAGCCUUGACCUGAUGAGAGCUGGCAGAAGAGAUGGGGCUGCGGGCAUCUCGCUGCCCCUGGCUGGCUGGGGCUCAUCUCCCCGGCUGCCGUCCAAAUCCCUCCCCUUUUGGAGAGACUCUUGGCAGAUCACCACUUUAAUACAGCGUAAUUAUUGUUUUUAAAAUAAUUUUAUUACCAACUUAAUGACCAUCUCCAUGAAAACAAAACAAUAAAAUCCUACUUGAAGCCAUAAACCCCGAACUACUUCAUUUUGCUAAAAGUAACAAGAAUGCUCAUAAAGGAACAGAAUCAUAGCAAUGAAAUCCUAAUGGCACUAUGUCCCCUCCUCUCUUCCACGAACCCUCUCUGGGAGCAAAGGGUCCAGUGUGCACUGACCAGGAGCCCUGAUUGCGGGCGGCUUUCCUCCCCGAACCCCGAGCCGCCUCUGCUGCCUGAGAGGGCGAGCUUUGCACUCUCCACAUUCACACUGACUACUUUACAGCACUUAAAUAGACUUCUGCUGCUACCUUGUUUU